AUGUAUGCCUCUGCCCUACUUCUCGGCGCCCUUGCUGUCUUGCUUGACACGGCAUCCGCCCACGGUUUCGUCAAGGGUGUGAACAUCAAAGGCACAUUCACCAACGGGUCGGAUCCCCUAUGGAUAUAUGCCCCUAAGGACAACCGUCCCAAGACCGCAGGUUGGGAUGCUCUCAACCAAGACAUUGGUUUCGUUGAACCCGCGAAUGCCGGAACAGCAGACGUCAACUGCCACAAGAGUGCCACAGCCGGCAAACUCUACGCCAACGUUAACCCUGGAGAUACCAUAGAAUUCGUCUGGAACACUUGGCCAGUCGGUCACACCGGCCCAAUCAUAAACUACAUUGCUCCUUGCAACGGCGACUGCAGCACGCUCUCCUCCACCGCCCUCCGCUGGUCCAAAAUCACACAAUCCGCAAUUGUCAGCCCUGGCACCUGGAUCACCGACCUCCUCAUCAAGAACAACUUCAAGACCUCAAUGAUUCUCCCUGCUAAGCUGGCACCGGGAAACUACGUCAUUCGCCAUGAAAUCAUUGCUCUGCAUGCUGCUUCCAACGUCAACGGUGCGCAGCUGUACCCGCAGUGCAUCAACCUCAAGGUCGGUGGCAGUGGUACUGUUGCGCCAACUGGAGGCGUGCCCGGUACGAGCUUGUACACGAAGGAGUUGCCGGGUCUGGUGUUUAAUGUUUACACGAACCCUACCACUUACCCAUUCCCUGGGCCAGCGCUGUGGACGGCUGCGAACUGA